CAUGCCGCACGCGGCGAGUCUCUGCCGCCCGGCGUUGCUGCCGCUGCUGCUGCUACAGCUCGCGUUGUCCGUCGCUCUCGCAGUCGCAGAUACCGCAGAGGUGCCAAGCCUGGGAGACGGCCAGGAGCAGCGCCAACGCGAGUUCACUGAUCACCAAGGAAGAAAUCAGCAGGAAUUUGCUUUAGAGGGAGAGUUGCUGGGGCUGAAAAGCUAUGUUGCAACGAAACAGCCUCCAGUUUCAGACGGCAGUGUUCGUAGUGUAUCCGAAGAGCCACAUAAUGCACCUACGUGGGGAACAAAUAAAGACGUAACGAGCUCUGAAGUUGGCUCCAAUACGGCAGGUGUUCGGAAAGCCAGCAAAACUACAAACACUGGUAUUGACGAUCAACUGACGCCGCCUCCAGUAAAUCUCCCCAUAGGCAAUUCCAGUCUGAUGGCUACUAAUAUGACAGCGAUAAAAGGUGAAAGCUAUCUAAGCACAGCAAAACCAAGGAACCGAGUGGAAUCAGAAGCCAUGAAUGGCAGAGAGUAUUCUGGUGGACUUGCAAAAGUGACGAUUCAACAGGAAUGUUUGGAACGCAACGAGAAGUGCAUAACCCAUCGACCACAAGCUGGUAACGCCAGAGACAGCACAACCAGCUCUGCAGCCGACAAACAAAAGCGCGCGUUGUUGUCCCGUCCCAAAGCCGAAGACAUUUCAGGUCCAGGAAGUGAGUCGUCGCAGAAGAGCACCGAACUGGAUGGUACUGACAGGAGCUAUGAGGUAGAGGAUGACAGCCAGGAAUUCCAGGAAACAGCUAGCGACGAAGACGAUGAUAAUGACAAUGAGGAUGAGGAGAACACAGCUGUCAGCGAAAAACCAGAGGAUGACGAAGAAGGAGAGUAUGACGACGAUUAUGACGGAGAGAGGAACGACAUGAAUUCAGAUGGAGAACUUGAGCUUCCAAACGACGGAACUCCAGAUGAGGAUGACGCAGACGAGGUGGCCGAUAAUGCGGAACUCAACAAGGUGGCGGAGGAUUUACUGGAACUAAUGGUCCAUAUCGCAGAGAAUCCGACGCGUUGGCAAAGGCUGGCAUCAAAUCUGAAACAGGACGGAGAUCAGAAUGAUGGCUUUCGCUCGCUGACGAAACGCAGGAGUUUGGAAAGGCUGAAGCACAGACAUCAGCAGAGGGAAUUCGACUGGAGUAAGCUGAACGAGUACAGGGAGACGUCGGGGCCCCAGCCACCUGACACCAAAGAGAGGAAGAACAGGUUGCGGCAGCUGAUGAAGGCUGGCGUCCUGCCCGAAGACGACCACAUUCUUAGGCCUCUGGGCAAGAACAGGUCUGGCAAAGGAGGAAACGGGACGAGAAACAGAAACAAGACCAAGACCAGACAGAGGGGGAGGGGCAGGAAUAGGCCCAGCCGCAGGAAACUGUCUAGGAAGGGUGGCGCAAAUCACGGGAGGCAGAACAGUACGGUUUCUGACAGAACGACCACUGUAGUCACUGACGCUCCAUCAGAUGUGGAGGUUACCAACACGACGAGAAAGACUCUCCAUCCGAUGCACGACAAAGAGUUCUUAGAAUACGCGCGACAAGUGGCGUCGAGGUACCAGACGCCGCUAACGGAUGACGUCAUCAGAGAAAAGGUGAUGCAGGGCUGGAAAGGGACGCCCGCUCCAGAGAAGGAGAAGCCGACUUACGGCGGGAAGAACUUGGGCCAGUACGACCCAGAAGCGGUCAUCUCUAGGUACAAAUACGUCCUGACCGACGAGGCCAUCAGGGAGAAAAUCAUGCAAGGCCCGAGAGGACCUUCCUCUGCAACGCGUGAGCGUCAAAGGCCUCCACUGCCACCGCCGCGCAACAUAACUGUACCGCCGUACCGCGAACCGUUCUCUUUCGCGACGGGUGAGUGGUCGGGUUGGAAGAACUCGAGCCACCAACGGCCCCAACAGCAGCAACAGCGGGAGAGGACUGGUGCGGAACGAAUCAUGGCGGGGAGAAACGACAGCGGAAUGGUUAACGUGUCCACGCGUGGAGGCGUCCAGUACGAGACAGGCGGGAGGUCAUUCCCGCUAGGUGCAGGAAUGCAGUUGAAGCACGACCGUUAUUCUACCAGAGACGAAAUAUGGCAGAAUUUCUUCGACAGGGCACUGAACAACACGCACGUGGACAGGGGGUGGGAGAAUGAGCAGGGGGUGCAGCCGAAGCAGGCGGUAACUGCUGCCGGCGGCGGCGGGGGCGUGGACGACAACAACCUGCCGGUGGGGCCCGCGCCGCAGCCGACGCCGCGUCGCCUGCCGCACUUCACGUACCACCGCGUGACGUCACAGCCGGCGCCGCGCUCCCGACACCGCGACGCCUACGUGGCCGUGUCGGUGGCGGCGCCGCCGGAAGGACACCGCCAGCGCCACAAGGGGGCGGGAUCGCCGCUGCCGGGGGCGGAACAAGGCGCUGCCCCCGCCCCCGGCACCGCCACCGCCGCGACGCCGACCGUUGCUGCAAGCCCGCCGGCCACCACUCCGGCGCCUAUUGACAUGGAGGCGCUCCGGAGGGUGCUGCACAUGCGCGACCCGCUGGAGGAAGAACUGGUGGAGGCGGCGGUAGCUGCCCGCCAGCUGUCGAGGUGGCCGACGGGCGGGGGCGGCGGAGGCGGCGGAGGUGGAGACAGCGGCAACGCAGGGAUGCAGAGCGGCUUCUGGCAACACCUUGGGGACGUGCUCAAGCUGCAGGAGGAGACAAAAACCCUGGCGCCUCUGGAAGCUAAGCUGCACUCCGCGCGAGAAGCCGAUCAGGAUCGGGUGCGGAAGAUCCUCGCAGGUGACGUCAGCGCUGCGGACGGGGCCGUGAGGGGCAUGUGACGUGGCUGGGCCAACGCCUGAUCACAAAGACACCUGCCGGCUGGACGGCUGCCUGCUGUUCCCACGUGUAGCACCCUAUCUAUGUGUGUCUGUGCUCGAUGUUCCCUCCCCAUCACAGUCUAAUUGCUGAUGUCGCAGAACCCUUCGGUGUAUUCCCAUGUGUGUUAAACCCAUGUUACAUUCCCAGGAUACUGUUUGACUGAAAAAUAAGUAUACAUAUUCCUCGCGUCGAGAUCAGGAACAAGCUGGUAAACGAGUACAAGUCAGGAUGGAGAAGGUCUUAAUAUAUCUUACGUCUAGUUUACAACCGUGGGAAAAGAAAUCCAGAAGUUAUGAUUGCUGAUAUGAAUUACUGAAAUAUUUUAUGCUAGUAGCUACAUUACCCAUUCAAUUGUUGGACGGAUUUUUCGCAUGACCAAUGAAAAGCACACAUACUGAACCGACAAGUACGUUUCCUCUCUCACAUUUACAAAUCCACAAAAGCAAUGCAGUAUCGUUUUAUAUCCUUUUUGACAGACGAAAUUAUGCCCAGAAAAGACAGGGAAUUGACAGACGAAAUUAUGCCCAGAAAAGAGAGGGAAAAAUUGAAAGUGAUAUCUUAAAUAAGUUACCAUAAACAAAAUCCAAGGUAUAAAAUAAUCACUGAAUGAGUAACGCUGUCUUUGUGAGCUAAGAGGUACGGAAGUGGAGACGAGACACAGUCAACAGAAAAGCGAGGAAUUCUUUACCAUUUACUGGCAGUUUUCGGUGCAGUACUCUACGUUAAACAUGGCUGCUUGCACGAAAAAGUAACAUCACAUCAUCCUUUUCUGAAAGUGUUAUAAUAUUCAUCAUAAUUUCCAUCAUAAGCAGUAUACUUCAUAUGGUCUUGAUAUGCCCAUUUGUUUGCAACUGUUCAUGAGAUAACUGUAAUAAAUGUAACAGCAAACUACAAGGAAAUGGAAACAGUUUAGAGAAAUUGUAGAUUUUGUACAUUUAUUUUAUUAUACCAAAGACUAGAUAAUAUGAAAUAAAGUAUAUGCCAACAUACUAUAAUAUUUGUAUACAUGAAAUCUCAUCAAAUAUUUUCUCUGAAGAGUCAAGCCCACCGUUCUUCGCAGAAUAUUUUGAUGGGGUUUUGAUGAUAGUGUGUAUCGUUACAAAGUGGGGAAAAAUAUAUAUAUAUAUUUUAGCAGAGUUUGGUAUAA